AUGGAAGAGGGCCCGACACUUGAAGUGAUCCAGACAGAGACUCUUGGAUUCCUCGCUAUCGCCGGCGACGCGAAGGUCCAGUUGACUCCACCAUGGUCUGCCGUGCCCGCGCCGACUGCAUCCCUCCUCAGCAUUGCAUCCAGAAAGGGCCUUGUUGCUGCCGCCGGCCCCGAUGCUAUACAUCUCUCCUCGACAGAAUCGGUGCGCAGGGCCUUCUCGGCUGACAAGACCGGUAACACUGAGUUUAGGGCAUUCGAGCCCCAAGUCAAGAUAUCGAUGCCCAUGCGUAUAUCGCACCUCGCAUUCACCCCAGAUGAGAAUUACCUGAUACUCUCUGCCGAGCAGGGUGGGGGGCUAGCUGUCUAUGAGACGCAGGCACUACUACAAGGAUCUUCGCAGGCCGCCUUUGAGAUAUCCACCAGCGGGGAAAGCGUCAGGGCCCUGGUACCGAAUCCCAUGCCCGAGCUGGCGGAAUUCUGUGCCGUUGUGACCACCCAAGGCAAUCUCUUAAUGGCAAAUUUGAAGGACAAAUCGCUUGUCAGCGGCCCAAACGGUCCUGUCAUUCGGAGCCAGGUUGCUUGCUGUGCGUGGAGCACCAAGGGCAAACAGCUGGUUGCGGGAAUGUCUGAUGGUUCCGUGGCCCAGAUGACUCCUGACGGUGCGGAGAAGGCACAAAUUCACAAACCAGACGCCUUCGGAGAUGUACAUGUGUCCUCGAUAUCUUGGCUAGAAAACCAUCUCUUCCUCGUCAUCUACACGGAAAACUCGGGCGAACCGCCCGCCUCGGAAUUUUGCAUCGUUACGCGGCAUGCGUCAUCUGGCCAGUCACCCUCGUUCGAUUACCGAAAAUUGGCCGACCCCGUCCUUCCCUUUGCAAAUGAGAAGGCGCCGCAUCACACUGUAUUGCGUUUGCGAGACUACCCACCAAACAUCCAGGACAUGCUUGUUGUCGCAUCCACAGCCCAUGACGGGCUUGGGCUGCUCACAAGAUCUAAGGCGCCAUUGGCCAGUGACGUGCCUGCAGAAGCCAUCACUAAUGUCUUCACAACGACCGAGUUCACGGAUGACUCCAAGAGGGCAGAGGUGCCGUCAGAUCCCACGGAAUACACCCCCACCUACCCAAUCGGAGUCUCGCUGGACCUGUCAAGCAAGGAGAGUGUGUACAGGCCGAUACCCCAAGAUGAAGAGUAUGAACGGUCGCCAGGACCGCUCCCCGCACUCUGGGCACUCAACCACAGCGGUGUUCUUUCUGCCUGGUGGGUAGUGUACAACGAUGCCAUCCGAGAGGGUCAGACUUACCCCGGCAUGGCUGUUGCUGAAGGUCAGUCUUCAGCGCAACCUGCCGCAUCGUCCGCCGAGCCAUCAGCUAUUGGCUCGCAGGCAGUAAGCUCCCCUUUCGGUGGAUCGUCUGCCCUUGCCACGGCCGCGCCUGCUCUGGCUCAGCCGACCGGAGCGUUUAAUCCCUUCGGAACAGCGGCACCAGCUUCUUCCACCCCUACAUUUGGAGCACCAUCGUUUGGGGCUCCAAGUGCACUGGGAGCUCAGCCAGCUGCGGCGUUCGGGCAAGCCGGCGGGCUAGGAACAAAGGUUUCACCAUGGGCUAAGUCCUCAGCGGGUGGGGCUGCCCCAUCCUUUGGUUCCCCUGGAUUCUCCAGCUCCGCAGCGCCCUCGACCGGGGUUUCUUCAGGUGGUAAGGUCUUUGGUAGUGCGGCAUCGACGACUUCUUCCACGGUUGGUGGCUUCGCUUCAUUCGCCAGCAAGGGCGGCUUCGCGUCUCUGGGAGGUGAGAGCGGUGGGGGCAGCAUCUUUUCUAAGCCCUCGUCAUCCUCAAGCCCGUUUGGUGCAAGUACGGUUGGCCAGAGCGUCUUUGGUAGCGGUGGGGGUGCGUUCGGGAGUGGCGCAAGUGUCUUUGGGUCACAUGAGACGAAUAACAGCACUUCCUUCCCUCCCUCGACCUCGAGCCCGAAAGAAGACUCCGGUCUCGGCUCCGCGCCAUUCGUGCUGGGAACGACUUUUAAAGCAGAUCCUGUUUCGGCCAACGACAAUGAGAAACCCGGCGGCAAGGGAGGGUUUGGACUGGGAGGUUUUGGUUCGUCACUGGAUGAUGCUGCAUCAAAAUCAACUCAUCCAGAUAACUCGCCCAAAGACGAGGACAUGGAUGCUCAGACCACUCCGGCUGAGCAGGAAAAGCCCAAGCAGUCCCUGUUUGGAAAUUUCCAACCAGAGAAGCCGCAAACAUUGUUUGGUGGGCAGUCUCGAGAAUCUACCACACCCACGUCGACGCCGGCACCAUCUAAGUUCUUCUCAACGGACUCAUCGGCUUCGAGACCUAAUCCGUUUUCUGGCCAGGCCAGUGCGAGCAGUCCUUUUGGAUCUGCGUCUGUCAAGCCCGGCCUUUUCGGACCCAACAACGACGCAAGCAAACCAAAACAAUUGCCACAGUCUUUUGCACUGGAGUCUGGCAACAAAGACAAUCCAUUCGCGUCAACUUCUCAAACAUUGCCAAAACAGAAGGUAGAAACCACAGAAGAUGCAGGAGACGUGCCCCUGCCCCCGGAAUCAACAAGUAAGGCCGUAUACCCAUUUGGAGAUUCUUCGUCUUCUUCUACGGUUUCCGCUAAAUCUGCAGAAGGUCAUAAGAGGGCUGAUGUCAAGACUCCCGAAUUUGUCAAAGAUGUGCCACUACCGCCUGAUUCCUCAAGCGGAUUCAAGGAGACAUCAGAGGAUACCGACGGAUCCUCAGCCGCCCUGUCAGAUCAAGAAACUCCUAUCGUAAAGGAACCACCCCUGCCACCCAUUUCCACGAAAUCGAGGUCUGAGGUUACAGCAUCCCUGUUCAGUUCAAAACAGACUUCGGGGGCUUCCGGUGGCUCUGAUAGUGUCGAGUCCAGUUCACAGCACAAUGGGGACCGGAGCGAUGCUGAGGGAGCUGCCGGCGAAGACGAGGAUGAAGAGGGCGGGUGUGAAAGCGAGGGAAGCGGUAUUGACGUCGCGAAGGAUUUCAGUCCCAAUUCGACCGGGGCCGGGCAAGACCAGGGCACCACACCCCAGAGUUCUUUCAGCGGUAUGGGUGGAAGUGCGUUCUCGAUGGUCUCUAGGGCUGAAGCGCCACAGCAGCCGCGCCCCUCCCUGUUUGGUGAAAUCAACCGAAACGCACCGGUAUUUUCGAAUCCUGUGCCCACAAGUCCACGCUCCCCGAGCCCCGUCAGGGGAGCAGUGCCGCCGCGGAUGUUCCCAGCCGACGGCUCGCGGUCAGUCAGUGCUCCCGGAAUGGCUUCACAUAUCUUGGCAGGCUCUAGGCCUAGCAGCUCUGGACACAGCGCCAAAACGAUUAGCACAAGAUUGCAGCCCCAGGAGGACCCCAAUGUUGUGUUGCAAAGGCAGGCAAAGCAGAAGCAGGCCGAGCAAGACAUACGGAGCCUGGAGGACGAUGAAUUCGAGCACGUGCAGAAUUUGCUCGACACCGAUGUUCCACCUUCCCUGGAUAUUGGAGAGUUCAACGCCUUCAACAGCGUCACCGCAGACCAUCAUGCGUCGACUGUAGCCGCGCAGGUAGAGGCUUUGUAUCGCGAUAUCAACGGCAUGCUGGUGACCUUGGGCCUCAAUGCUCGAGCCUUGAAAGCCUUUAUUAAAGGGCAUGAGCAGCAUCGGGACAACAACACCGAGAAUGACCUCGCCGAUCCUGACGGUUGGGUCCUAUGCGAGGCCGAAGAUCUCAGUCAUAUUCUCGAUGACCACCUAGCUCCCAAGUUGGAAGACGGCCGUCUACAGGACGUCGACGACACCUGGGACAUGUGUCAGGGUCUCGUCCAGGAGAUGCCUAAGCUCCGCGCAAAACAUCAAGAUGUCAAGCGCAUUCUGGGAAGUGUCCUGGACCCUGACCAAGCCGCCGCACAUCGAUCCAUGCCUCUCAAUGCCGAGCAAGCGGCGCAACAGACGGAGCUCCGCCAGUCAUACGCCCGGCUAAUCAGGCUUAUGGCGGACGCCGAAGGCGCCCUGACGAUGCUCAAGACGAAGCUAGCUUCAUUGGGCAAUUCUUCUGGCAAGCCCGCCGCUGUGCCGACCGUCGACGCCGUCAUGCGAACUAUCACAAAGAUGACCUCGGCGGCGGAGAAGCGCAGCGGCGACCUCGACGUGCUGGAGAGUCAAAUGCGCAAGUUGCGUUUCACCAACUCGAUCGGGCCUCCGAGUCGCGAAGGAUCUCCUUUGAUGACACCGCCUUCUAAUAAAAGGCAGUCUCUUCUUAUGAGCUCGGCCACCCAGUUCACGCCCUCACCGCGAAAGAGCCUGAUGAGCUCGGUCGGGUCGCUCAACGGCAGUGUGCAGGCCACCCCGGCGCCGUCGCCACGAAAGAAGAUGAGCGGAUUCACAGAUGAGGACAGAGAUGUGAUCAGAGGGAAGAUGCAGAAGCGACAGGCCGUAUUGGAUCGCUUGCGCAGUAAAUUGAUGGAAAAUGGACCUAAGGUGUCGAGGUACGAGGGUGGGAAUUGA